AUGGUUCCCCUCCAGUUCAUCCGAACAGACCUGUCCUUUUUCGUCGUCAAUGUCUACAACCGUGGCAGCUCUGAGCGCCAUCAUACAGUUGAGGCACUACUCCAAGCCCAGUUCCCUGUUACAUCACUGCUAAUUAUUGGGGGCGAUUUCAAUCUGCGCCAUCGUGCAUGGAGCUUAUCGUCGCAACCACAGUACGCUCAUUCGGAACUCGGAGAGCAGCUCACUGUGUGGGCUGCCUCCCAUAACCUGCUCCUCCUAAACGACCUUGAUCAACCAACGCAUCGCGGCCACCAGCACCAGGCAGAUUCCAUCAUUGAUCUGACCUGGUCUGCAGCCACUGACACUUUUGCCUCCUAUGACUGGGAUGUCAGUGAUCAGCUGCGCUUUGGUUCUGACCAUCGCGCCAUCUCGUGGACAACUGACCUUAUCAUCCCACAGACCGAUGAGCCCGAACUGGACCUCGGCUAUCGCAUCGACCCUGAAAAGCGCAAGGACUGGACAGACACCCUGAAUGCCCUCCUCACCAUGAACCCUCCCCCAGAGGCCUACCACUGCAUGGAGGAUCUGGACCGUGGUGCUGACGUGCUCAUUGGAGCCCUCCAUGCAGCCAUCUGUGAGGCUAUGCCUCCACGGAAAAACUGA